UGUUUACAUUCUCUAUGGCGAUAACUCAAUGGGAAAAUGAUUUGACAUUAGUGAUCCAUACUUAAGAUUUUAAAAGCGUACAAAUGUGAUACACGACCCGGUGUACUUUAUAAUAGUAAUUUAUAUAUUUUUAGUUUUUAUAUUGCAAAUUAUUGUAUCACUUGGAUACAUUACAGGUGCGUGCAGCAAAUUUUAUUUUCACCUGUAAUUUGAUCAGGUGUUGAACCAUAAACGAUUAAAACACCUUCGCAGAUGAGGUUGUAAAGUUUAUUUCAAAAUGGAUGUAGCAGAUCUUGUUUCAGAGCUUAAGAGCAGUAUACAUAGAAAAGAUGAGGUCAAAGUUCGUAAUAUCCUAGGACCCAUCAAAGACCUAACUGUUAUAAGAUCUAUUGAUGAUAAGUUUUUCAAUACCUACAAUAACAUUGAUCCGGUGAACUUUGCUAUUGAAUGUGGAGCAGAAAAGAUUGCAAUUUAUUUAGUGGAGAAAUCUUUUCCAACAGACAGACUCUAUCAGCAAGAAUUAGUUCAGUGUGACCAGUGGUGUUACUUUGACCAUGGAAAUGACCGAUGUCCAGCUAUGUAUGAUGCUGCAGACAAUGCAAUCAAUGCUUACAUGCACAAACUGAAAAACAUAAUCCAAGCCAUCAGAGAAGGAAAACGUAAACCAGGUGAAGGAAUUACUUCACCUUAUAUCGAGGAAACAGUCAAAUCAGAGAGUGAAAAGAUGGAACCAGUCAAACAAGAAAAGCCUGGAAUGCCAAUUUUCACACUACAAAAAGAAACUGCAGUGGAAGAAGCCAAAAAAGUUAUAGAUAAUUAUGGGAAAAAUUAUGUUUCAAAGGAUGGAAAUACCCUGUUUCACUGCUACAUAACCAAACCUAAAGUUUAUUUUUAUGUAUUUGCUGCUGCAGGAGUUCCUGUCAAUAUUCAAAACUGUGAUGGGGAUACUGCUUUACACAUGGCUGUAAGGGCAGCUUCAGUAGAUGCUGCAGAGGCUCUCUUACAAUGUUGUGCUGACCCAACAAUCAGAAAUAAGAUGGGACAAACCCCUAUAGACAUGUCAGAUAAUGAAACAAUUACAAAAUUGCUCAACAAAUUUAAGAACGGGUUACUGGGUGCCAUUAAACGUGGAGACUUGCGCUGUGUCGAAAAAUAUUCUAAACAUUGGUGCAUUGUGGAUGCUGUUUAUAAUAAGGAAGGUAAAACAGCAAUAGAGUUAGCAGAAAUCAAAGUGUACGAAGGGAAGAGCGAGAAAUGUCUAAGUGUACUGAAAAGUUACAGGAAAACUAGUCAAUUAAUUCAUGCAGUUUUGUGUCAUGAUGUUGAGACAACAAGAAAAUUAUUAGAAAGAGAAAAAUUGCCUGUUAAUAUUAGAUUUAGGGAUAGAAUAGGAAAGACAUUGUUAUCGCACUGCAUAGAACAGCACAAUAUAGAGUUAGUCAGAUUACUAGUAGAACAUGGUGCCAGGGUCAAUCAAAUCAGAGUUCGUCUACACGAGGAUACUGAUGUAACGAUACCUUUAUUUCAUAAAUGUUUAUGUGACAACGAUUGUCUCGAUAUUGCCAAAUUCUUAAAUCCUCAAAUGGAUCCAGCUGAACACAAGGAGAAAGAUCAAGCAGGAAAUACAGCCGUGUUGGCAGCAAUAGAGAAAGGUUUAUCUGUACGAUUUAUACAGUGGUUAAUACAAGUAACCCGAGGAUCAGCCUUAGUUGAUAGGAACGCUGAUGGACUGACACCAAAAGAACUUGCAACAGCCAAAAAUAAUACGGAAGUUGUAAAAAUGAUAGACAAGUACAUAGUUCAGAAUGUUGUACAAGAAUCAGGGAUACCAACUCUACUUUUACCUCAGUUUGCCAUCAAUUUUAGUUGUGAGGAGGAUAUUACUAGAAUAACUGAUGAGAAGACAAAGAAAACAUUGAUUGAGCUGCUGCAGGACAGUAAUGAUAAAUAUAAUAUGAAGAAAUGGUUAAAUUUUAAGGAAGUUGGGAACUAUGCAGAAAAAAUCAUGAGAGCAGCCUCUGGUGGUGAUAUAUUUGAAAAAGAAAUAAGAAUGAAAUCGUCAGAUGGAGGCUUGACUUACAUUAAAGAAAAAUAUGAUGCUAAUUAUCGGGAUAGGAAUGGUUUUACAGCAAUGACAAGAGCAAUAGUUUUCCACAAAUUUGAUAUUAUUGAAUAUUUAUGUACAACACGACCUAUGCUGAAGACACUUCCUGAUAGUUUUAAUAGAUACCCACUCCAUUAUGCAUAUGCCUUACCAGAACCUGAGAGUGAGAGAGUGAGGAAGCUGCUACAGGAGAAAAAUCCCCAGGAAAUAGAGAAAAGAGUGGAUAAAGAUGGACUUUACCCUGCAGACUAUGCAGCACUUCGGGACAGUCUGAAAGUCCAACAGAUAUUAUAUGAUGCUAGAACAUUAAAUGUUUAUGCACAGAGAGGACCUCCAUUAGGACGAUGGCCAGUUGGUGCUUUAAAAGACCCACCAGAGGAAGAAUAGAUGUUUUUUUUCAAAAGAAUCAUCAAGUGAUAUUUUUAAACAUUAAACAUGUUUGUUACACAAGAGAUGAUACAGUGUAAAAAGAUCUUUAGUUCUCACUUAACGCAUGCUUAACGAAUUUUAACUCCAUUGAAGUUAACAAAAUACUGAAAACUUGAAAUGCCAAAUGACUCAUUGUUGUUAGUAAAUGCAUUUAAUAUGUAUAUUGAAGAAAAGAAAUAGUGAAAUGUGGCCAAGUGAAACUGUUUUUAUUUGGCGCCAAAAUGAAUUCCAAAUACGACUAAUUGAGGUUUUUGCAUAAUCAUGUAUGUACUCGCAUAUCUUUGUCAUAAUUUUGUAAAUCAUGUUUUUGGUGUAUGUGAUGCAAGUAGUGUCAUACUAGUACAAUUGUAAUGAGUGAACAUUUACAUGUUUAUACUAAGUCAUUAAUAAUAAGGCAUUGUGUACUUCAAUAAAGACUGACAAAGUACUUUGGUUCAGAAUGACAAAUUACUUUAAGUCCAGAUUGGCAAAGUACUUUAGUUCAGACUAGUAAAGUACUUUAGUUCAGACUGGCAAAGUACUUUAGUUCAGACUGGCAAAAUACUUACAUUCAGACUGGCUAAGUACUUUAGUUCAGACUGGCAAAGUACUGUAGUUCAGACUGGCAAAAUACUUUAAUUCAGUCUGGCAAAGUACUUUAGUUCAGACUGGCAAAGUACUUUAGUUCAGACUGGCAAAAUACUUUAAUUCAAACUGACAAAGUACUUUUGUUCAGACUGGCAAAGUUCUUUAAUUCAGAAUGGCAAAGUACUUUAAUUCAGAAUGGCAAAGUACCCUACUUUAAUUCAGACUGGCAAAAUACUUUAGUUCAGACUGACAAAGUACUUUAGUUCGGACUGGCAGAGUACUUUAGUUCGGACUGGCAAAGUUCUUUAGUUCAGACUUGCAAAGUUCUUUAGUUCAGACUGGCAAAGAUUAAGAGUUUUACUUAUCUUUUGGUGCAAAAAAGUGUGUUGAAUUCAUUAAAGAGGAACAAUUUGAACUUAAACUGAAGACUUAAAAGGAGUUGUAAAAGUUUUUCCAGGAUGAAGUAGCAGCAAAAUUAAUCAAAAACAAGAAAGGAACCAAUAUGCCAAAAAAUUGUGAGAAUGUUUUCUGAUUUUCAAAUAUAUUGGCAUUGAGCUUCACUGAAAAGACAUACAUUAUGGAAAUGCCCAUCUGGUGCAGUAAAAUUGAUAUUGGCAAUAUUAUAAAAUAUUUAUGGUACAAUUCAGUUCAGGUUUAUAAAUUUGUUUUAUAUUUAACAUUAUCUGAUAUUGCUCAUUAAGAAUAAACAGGGUGCCCUAAUAUUUAUAGGGCAUACAAUAUUGUAAAAAAAAAACCAGUAUUUUUGUCUCUUGAAAAAAUGGCAAUACUAUUCUUGUUGUGAUUAUUACAUCAAGAUUUUACUAUAAUAUAGAAAUUAUGAAUGAGUGUAUGAUAAACCUCAUUUAUACGCAUUUACACUGAAAACAAACCCCCAAAUGUUCUUCAUAUUUGUAUGUUUCUUUGGACGUUAGUUAAUUACAGAACCACACACUGCAGUUUCUUUUUAAAUUAAAGUUAUCAUUAUCUAAGUGGGUUUUUUUAAUGUUGCAAAUAAAAAGACCUUAUAUGGUAUUUUUUUAAGUCCCUAAAGCUCCAAGUGUUAAUGCAUCCCUGGCUUUCAAAUUGUUAAUUUUAAUCGUACCUGAUGAUUGCUAAUACAAAAAGGGCUUCGAAAAUACCAAAUGUACAACAUUUUUUUUUUUUUCAUAUUCAAUCAUCAUAAAGAUGUAGUAUGUAAAUGUACUACCCCAUAACAAAACCCAAAAUACUUCCGAUAUUUUUAAAGGAUGAUUCGGAAAUGUGUAAAAAAGUGGUGAAAACAUCCUUCAAACAAACAUAAUAUUUUAAGUUUUCCACUAUAUUUUGUGUUUGAUAUAUAAUUUUUUUUUCAAUUAAGAUAUAAUAUAAUGUGAUAACCCUAGAGUAUUUAUUAUGUAUUAAUAAAGUGAUAAUGCUCAGCCAUUUUAAACCUGUGAUAUUUGUUUUCUUUAAUUUUAAGUUUCAUAUUGAUUUAUGCAGAUAUAUUGCUUUGUUAGAACCAAAAUACAUUGUUUAUGCAAUGUUUAAAAUUAGAAUGAAUGUUCUUUUACUGAUUAAAAUCAAUUAAGCUUGAUUGCACUCUUAGCUAUGUGUUCUCAAAUUAAGAUCAAACAAAUAAUUGUAAGUAGUAAAUCAACAGAUAUAUUGUUGCAUUUUUGCAAAAUAAAUUUUAUACUAUAUAAUAAACACUUUUUAUGAUUUGUUUUGUACCAUGAAAAUUAAAAGUUAUAUGGUAUAGUAGCAUUUGUACAAAAAUAUGUAACUAUUUACAUUUUUGAAAUGUGAAGAAAAUGUUGGUUUGAAAUAUUCAUAUUCUGACUACACAAUUUUCAGUCAAAAACAAAUCAUAUGUGUCAAAUUUAAAUCAAGAAAAAUUAUUGAUAAGCUAAGUAAUGGACAAAAGAAUGAGAAAAAUUAUCUUGAAAUGAAUUGGGUAUGGUUUUGGUUUAAAUAGUCCAAUUUCAUCUUAAAAAAUUAAUUAUGCUAUGAAGUAAUUGUUUUCUCAAUCAUUGUUUUUAAUCAGAAUUAAAGUUUAUUUUUUAUACUUA